UUUUUUUUCAGAAAAUAAAAUGGUUUCGUCACCGGAGGAGACGAGGGUGCUUCCUGCAGGGUUCCUCAUAGAGAGAGAUAUUGAACCAGUCGGCAGAUGGUUUCUGAACCAGUGGGACAGGUUGAACUCUACCCGAACCAUCUCCGCGGGAAUCCUCUCCGAAUCCUCAGACGAGGAGGUCGAGGAGGAAGAUAAUGAAGUAUUCGAGGAUGAUCUAGUUUAUCUCAGGAGCUUGGAUCCAAAAGAAGUGAAGGAGCAGGAUCAUUACCGUGUUCUAGGAUUAACAAAUAUUAGAAUUGCCGCUACUGAUGACCAGAUUAAACGUGCCCACCGACAAAAGGUUCUCAAGCACCAUCCUGAUAAGCGCAAACACGCUGGAGAGGAGAUAAAAGCCGACGACGACUAUUUUACAUGUAUCACUAAAGCUUUCGAAACCUUGGGCAACCCCGUGACACGGCGAGCCUUCGACUCCGUGGAUCCUCUGUUCGACGACGAUGUCCCCGACGUGUUGAAGAAGGAAAAGGCCGGUGACUUCCUGAAGGUGUUUGGACCUGUAUUCACCAGGAACUCAAGAUGGUCAAAUAGAACUCCAGUACCUAAGUUGGGAGAUGAAAACUCUACUCGAGCUGAGGUUGAAGAAUUCUAUGGAUUCUGGUACGAUUUUGAUUCAUGGAGAGAAUACUCAUACCUAGAUGAAGAGGAUAAAGAGAAAGCUUCAGAUAAAUGGGAACGACGAGAGAUAGAGAAAAUAAACAGAGCACAGCGGCUAGAGAAGAAGAAGGAGGAAAGUAAAAGGAUCAGAAAACUAGUGGAUAAUGCCUACAACUGUGAUCCCAGGAUCAUCAAGUUUCGUAAGGCGGAGUUUGACGAGAAGGCAGCUAAGAAGAAGGCCAAGGCGGAUGCUGUCAAGGCGAGAAAGGAAGAGGAGGAAAGAUUAAAGAAAGAGGCGGAGGAAAAGGAAAAGCGGGAAAAGGAAGAGGCGGAGAAGAUUAAAAAGGCGGAAGCGGAAGUGGAGAAGAAGGAAAGAGAAGCACACAAGAAACUUUUGAAAGUGGAAAGGAAGAAAUUAAGAACUAUUGCUAAGGAGCAUGAUAUGUUUGCCGAGAAUGAGAAUAUGAAAGUGGUAAACCUGCUGGAGAUGGAGAAAAUAUGUGACGUUUAUUCUCUAGAGAAACUCAGAGACUUGAACGAUAGACUUCAGGACAAUCAGACAGCUAAACAGGUCUUCCUACAGGAGUUAAGGCGACUAAAUAAUAAACUAGAUGAUGAGAGGAGUGCAACGUCUGAACCAACCAAAGCUUCUCCGGCUGCUGAGAAACAAACAAAUGCCAGGGCAUGGAGUAGUGAUGAGCUGCAGCUACUGAUAAAGGCGGUCAACCUGUUUCCUGCCGGGACACAACAACGCUGGGAGGUCGUUGCAGAGUUUGUUAAUCAGCACACUAAAACACCGGAAAUAAAACGAAGUGCUAAGGAAACUAUGUCUCAAGCGAAGGAAAUGGCAAGCGGAAACUUUGCUAUGAGUACUCUUAAGGAUGAGGUUAACAAGAUGGCGUAUGAAAAUCUGCAAAAAGGACAGAAACGUGAAGUUAUUGUGGAAUCUCCGGCUAGUUUGAGAACAGAAACACUUGAAGAGUCCUGUGGGAUAAAUAAUAGUCCAUGGAGUCCAGACGAACAGAAGCUUCUAGAACAGUCUUUGAAGACGUUCCCUAGCACUACUCCGGAACGAUGGGACCGUAUAUCUGAAAGUAUUCCUGGACGGAGUAAGAAGGAGUGCAUGAAGAGAUAUAAAGAGUUGGCGGAGUUGGUAAAAGCUAAAAAAGCAGCUCAGCAAGCCGCAGCUAAAAAAACAUAGCACAUUUACUCAAUAUAUUAUAGAACAUGAAAUAUAGAUUUAUUUCUUAA